AUGGGUCGAAUUGUGAAAGUCAUAUCGAAGGAAGGGCAAGCGAUCGAGAUCGAUGAAGAUGUCGCCGUCACAUCCAAGUAUCUACAGACUGUGCUGAAGGAAGAUCCCAAUUGUGAAAGUAUCCAAACAAAUAUCCCCUACGAGUCUCUCGAGAUUGCAAAGAGAUUCUUGGAGUACCAUGUGAAUAAGCCCAUGGAUCCUAUCCCAAAGCCACUCGCAGAUACGCAAAACUUCGCCAACAAUGUCAAGGAUCAAUUUGAUGCGAACCUUGUGAUUAACCUGAAUCGCGACCAGAUUUUCCGUCUUCUGUAUGCCGCUCAGACUCUACAGAACGACUCUCUCAUUUCGCUUUGUGCUGCAUACAUGGCGAGUAUGAUUAACGGAAAGAAUGUACUAGAUGACUUAACGGAGGAAGAGAAGUUGCAGAUUGAAAAGGAGAACUCUUGCUUCCGUUUGUAA